GUUUUGUACGUAAAGUGAGCAAUAGUUUUUGGCUUGGAUAUAGAAGAAAAUCACUAACGGGAUUAAAAAUUAACGGCAUAUUGACAUAAUUUCGAUCAGAAUGAGAGAACAAAAAUCGCCCCCAACAUGCCAUACUCAUCAGUUGAUAUAAAGUGGACAACAAAAUGCUUCUAAAACGUUGGUUUGUUGGCUCAAUUCUCGUCUCAUGUGUUUUUGGCGAUAACCUUUGUUUCGACCAAUUUUGCUUCAAUUUGAGGCCCCAGACCAUUGAUUUCACCUUACUGGCUGAGUGCGCUCGCGGUUUACAGCUUCUUGGCGUCAAAAAACUCACGCAUAUUGAUUAUUUCGAUUCAAAACUUUGCACCCUCCAACUCAGUGAUGCACAUGGCUUCAAUAAUAAAUCCGUGACUCUCAAAGGUCCUGAUUACCCAUGGCCCCCCUUUGUACUUGAAGAUGAAGCACAUAAUAUAAGAACCUAUGGAUCAAUGAACGCUUUCCAAGACGCAUGUGACGUCAGAGCCAGUGGCAACAUGUGGAUAACAGACAACCAGGAAAGAAAAUUUGUCUGGGACCUUGGAAUACUAUACAAAAUCACAAGUGUGCACUUUCGGAAUUCUAAGAACGACAAAUAUAAUGACAGGCAUAUCAUUGACUUCAAGGUGUCUCUUUCGCGAUAUUAUGGGAACUUGGUCAAUUGGAUUGAUGUCCUCAACGUCAAGGAUCUCCCUCAUCCGCUGCCUUGUGAUCCCAUGCGCCGAUAUGAUGUGAAUGAGACCCUUGCCAGAUAUGUCAAAUUUACGGCUUUAAAGUCCUUCAAAAGAGGAAGUGCUAUGUAUUAUUUUAGAGUAUAUUAAGAAAGCAAACAUAGAACAGUUGAU